UGAGAACUUUGCACUGCAGAGACUGCACCUGGCAGCUCGGCAGCCGUCACCAUGCCACAAAAUGAAUAUAUCCAGUUAUAUAAGCGCUAUGGAUAUCGUUUGGAUUACCAUGAGAAAAAGAGAAAGAAGGAACGUCGAGAAGCUCAUGAACGUUCAAAGAAGGCAAAAAAGAUGAUUGGUCUGAAAGCUAAGCUCUACCAUAAACAGCGCCAUGCUGAGAAAAUACAAAUGAAAAAGACUAUUAAGAUGCAUGAAAAGAGAAACACAAAACAGAAGAAUGAUGAAAAGACUCCACAAGGAACAGUACCCACAUAUCUACUGGACCGAGAGGGACAGUCUCAAGAUAAAGUACUUUCCAAUAUGGUUAAACAGAAACAAAAAGAGAAAGCGGGAAAGUGGGAGGUCCCUCUGCCCAGAGUUCGUGCCCAGGGAGAAACAGAAGUAUUAAAAGUUAUUCGAACAGGAAAGAGAAAGAAGAAAGCCUGGAAGAGGAUGAUUACUAAAGCCUGCUUUGUUGGAGAUGGCUUUACUUGAAAACCACCUAAGUAUGAAAGAUUCAUUAGGCCAAUGGGAUUACGUUUCAAGAAGGCUCAUGUAACACAUCCUGAACUGAAAUCCACCUUUUGCUUGCCAAUGCUUGGUGUAAAGAAGAAUCCCUCAUCCCCACUGUAUACAACUUUGGGUGUUAUUACCAC